AUGGCCACGGCACUGGGAAAGACCACGCUUGAUUCAGGUUGGUUUGCAGCUAGGUUCAAUGAAGUUCAUUUCAAUGGAACUCAACUCACCACUACUAAUCCUCCUUCUGGAACCACCUUACCAUGGAUGGAAGCUCUCGUGCCUGGCACUGUUCUUGGAACUUUGGUGAAGAAUAAACUUGUGCCUGAUCCAUUUUAUGGACUUGGAAAUGAGGCUAUUUUAGACAUUGCUGAUUCUGGAAGAGAUUAUUACACUUUCUGGUUCUUUACAUCUUUUCACUGUAAGCUGUCAAGUAAUCAGAAUUGUGAUCUGAACUUCCGUGGAAUCAAUUACUCUGCCGAUGUUUAUUUGAACGGCCACAAAAUGGUUCUUCCAAAAGGAAUGUUUCGGAGGCAUUCUCUUGAUGUUACUAAUAUUCUUCAUCCAGAUGGAAAUAACCUGCUUGCUGUUCUUGUUCACCCGCCGGAUCAUCCUGGGAGUGUUCCUCCUCAAGGAGGACAAGGCGGAGAUCAUGAGAUAGGAAAGGAUGUGGCUACACAAUACGUUCUCGGUUGGGAUUGGAUGGCUCCUAUAAGAGAUAGGAAUACAGGAAUUUGGGAUGAGGUUUCCAUUUCUGUUACUGGGCCAGUAGAAAUAAUUGAUCCCCACUUGGUGUCGUCAUUUUUUGACAAUUAUAAGAGAGUAUAUCUACAUGCAACUACUGAGUUGGAAAACCGAAGCUCCUGGACUGCUCAAUGCUCUUUGAGUAUCCAUGUCACAACAGAACUUGAGGGGAGCGUUCACUUAGUAGAGCAGCUUCAAACUCAAAAUAUUUCGGUUCCAGCAAAAUCACGGAUGCAAUAUACAUUUCCCGAGCUCUUUUUCUACAAGCCUGAUUUAUGGUGGCCCAAUGGAAUGGGGAAGCAAUCUUUGUACAAUGUUGUCAUUAGCAUUGAUGUUAAAGGAUUUGGUGAAUCUGAUACAUGGAGCCAUUACUUUGGAUUCCGCAAAAUUGAGAGUCAUAUUGAUAGUGCCACUGGUGGGAGGUUGUUCAAAGUCAAUGGAGAACCGACUUUUAUACGAGGGGGCAACUGGAUAUUGUCUGAUGGUCUACUUCGACUUUCAAAGAAGAGAUAUCACACAGAUAUCAAGUUUCACGCAGAUAUGAAUUUUAACAUGAUCCGUUGUUGGGGUGGUGGACUAACUGAAAGACCAGAGUUUUAUCAUUAUUGUGACUAUUAUGGUCUUUUGGUCUGGCAAGAAUUCUGGAUUACUGGGGAUGUUGAUGGACGUGGUGUCCCGGUAUCAAAUCCACAGGGUCCACUAGACCAUGACCUUUUCUUGUUUUGUGCAAGAGACACAGUCAAGCUUCUUAGAAAUCAUCCAAGUCUUGCCCUCUGGGUUGGUGGAAAUGAACAAGUUCCACCAGCUGAUAUAAAUGAUGCUUUGAAAAAUGAUCUGAAACUUCAUCCUUAUUUCAAACAUGAAGACGGAAAAGGAAAACCUACAGAAUUAGGGGAUCCUAGUCAGUAUCUUGAUGGCACACGUAUUUAUAUAGAAGGAUCGUUGUGGAAUGGAUUUGCAGAUGGGAAGGGAGGCUUCACUGAUGGACCUUAUGAAAUUCAAAACCCUGAAGAUUUCUUCAAGGAUAGUUUUUACAAAUAUGGAUUCAACCCAGAAGUUGGUUCUGUGGGAAUACCAGUUGCUGCUACCAUAAGAGCGACAAUGCCUUCAGAAGGAUGGCAGAUACCUCUGUUUAAGAAACUUUCCAAUGGUUAUGUAGAAGAAGUUCCAAAUCCCAUAUGGAAAUAUCAUAAAUACAUUCCAUAUUCAAAGCCAGACAAGGUUCAUGAUCAGAUUCAGCUUUAUGGUGUUGUAAAAGAUCUUGAUGAUUUUUGUUUGAAGGCACAGCUUGUUAACUUCAUACAAUAUAGAGCCCUAUUGGAAGGAUGGACUUCUCGCAUGUGGAGCAAAUAUACGGGUGUGUUGAUUUGGAAGACACAAAAUCCUUGGACUGGUCUGAGAGGUCAAUUUUAUGAUCAUCUACAUGACCAAACAGCGGGCUUCUAUGGCUGUCGAUGUGCUGCUGAGCCAAUUCAUAUACAGCUUAACUUGGCUACAUAUUUUAUAGAGGUUAUCAAUACUACAUCAGAAGAAUUGUCUAACGUAGCUAUUGAAGUUUCGGUAUGGGAUCUUGAAGGAACAUCUCCAUAUUACAAAACACAUGAAAAACUAUCUUUCUUGCCUAAAAAGGUAACACCUUUUGUUGAGAUGAAGUAUCCGAAGUCAAAAAAUCCUAAGCCGGUCUACUUUCUUCUUCUCAAACUUUACGACAUGUCAGACAAUAGAAUUUUAUCGAGAAACUUUUAUUGGUUGCAUCUUCCUGGUGGAGAUUACAAGUUAUUGGAGCCUUAUAGAAAGAAGAAAAUACCUCUCAAGAUAACAUCUGAGGUUUUCAUUGAAGGAUCCGCAUACAAACUCCAAAUGCAUGUGCAUAACACAUCUAAAAAACCAGACUCUAAUAGUUUAACAUUUGAGCGCGGUUCUACAGCUACAGUAAGAGAUAGUUGCUUAGUUGCAGACUCGGUAGAAAGUGUACAUAACGGGGCUGGAAAAGGACAAGAAGUCGGCUGGUUUAAGAGGUUACAUAGACACUUUGCUGGGAAAAGUGAUGGUUUGAAGGUUUCUGAAAUUAAUGGACAUGACAUAGGUGUUGCUUUCUUUCUACAUUUUUCUAUUCAUGCUUCAAGUAAGGACCGCAAAGAGGGAGAAGACACAAGAAUUCUCCCGGUUCAUUACUCAGAUAACUUUUUUUCCCUGGUGCCCGGAGAGGCCAUGACUAUUGAUAUAUCGUUUGAGUCUCCUCUGGGUGUCGCUCCUCGAGUGACUCUGAAUGGCUGGAAUUACCAUGGACAAACCAUACAUGAGGCUCUUUAG